AAUCCCAGCUGAACCCGUGACUGUUAAUUCGAGAAGAAGUCGAGAUCCCAGAUUUCUACCUAGAGUUCGGUAAAAUUAGGAAAAAUGAUUCGUCCGCUUUCGUUGCUUCGGACAACCGUCCGCAAAUAUUCAACACCACCGCCAGGAUUCAAGAAAACCGUUUAUGAGGCUGUGGGAAUGCCUGAACCCAACCCAAAACUGGUUACGCUUUGGAAGGGACUAACGUUCUUCGUAGCCGGGCCAGCAUUGGUACUUGUAAUGAUCAAUGCGUACAUGGAAGAAAAGAAAGAGCAUGGAAAGAGACCUGAAUUUAUUCCAUACGAACACUUAAGGAUUCGAAACAAACCUUUCCCAUGGGGUGAUGGAAAUCACACUCUCUUCCAUAAUCCCAAAAUGAAUGCUCUGCCUACUGGUUAUGAAGAAGACUUGUAAGACACGUGGUUUUCAAAUAGUCACUACAACAUUAUCGGUUGUAGUAGCAGCCUCUGUAACCAUUGUCAAUCUACACAAAAGCCUGUACAUUAUUUAUAACUAUAAGGAAAUAAAUCUGGUCAUAAAAUAAAUUCAGUUGUGUGA